AGCGACGGCAGCGCGGGCAACGGCGCGCUGGUUCUGCUGGCGCUGGAGGCUGGCGCGCGGCUGUCGGUGGCGGACAGCAACCGCACGAUGCUGGCGCACCUCGGGCCGCGGCACUUCGGGCCAUUGGCCGAUGCCUGCGCGCGGCUGCUUGCCGCCAGCUCGCCCCCUGCGCCCGGCGACGCGGCUGCCGCUGAGUCGCGGCUGGUGUGGGUGCACACGGCGCUGCUGCUGCUGAGCAACCUGGCAGCGGCCGCCGCCGGGCCGCCGACCUCUGCCCGGCAGUACACGCGGUUCCGCGUCGCCGACAUCAAUGGGCGCCGCGCUGCGCCGCGCCUGCGCAUGCCGUUUGCGCCGACGUCCUUUGUCGCCGCAGCCGUGCCGCCCGCACUGGCGGCUUUCCGCAAGCGGCUCGCGCAGGACACGGCGUUGGUGCGCGCGCUGCUGGAGAUGGCGGUUGCCGCGGCCGACGCCCAGGUGCUUCCGGAUACGCCGGUUGCCGAGCUGGCGGAGCGCGCUGUGUUUGUGCUGCAGAUGCUGCAUCCCGACCACGAUGCGCUGUUUGCUGCGCGCUGGGCUGACUGGGUUGUUGAUCGCGUUGCCUGUCGCCCGCUGCCGCGUGCGCUGACGGAGUCGCUGUGUGAGCUUGUGGGGUUUUUGCCGGUGAACAGCCUGCAGAAGUCCAGGCGCUGAUCUUUUUUUUUCUUGGCUUAAAAAAUAGAAUUUGUGGGUUUUUGCCUGUGAGCGCGUCUUUUUCACUUUGCUUUUGCCGCUAUGCCGCUAUGCC